AUGGGGGCCGCGCGGAUCGCACCCGGCCUGGCGCUCUUGCUCUGCUGCCCGGUGCUCAGCUCCGCAUACGCGCUGGUGGACGCAGAUGACGUCAUGACCAAAGAGGAACAGAUCUUCCUGCUGCACCGCGCCCAGGCCCAGUGCGAGAAGCGGCUCAAGGAAGUCCUGCAGAGGCCAGCCAACAUAAUGGAAUCAGACAAGGGAUGGACGUCCGCAUCCACAUCAGGAAAGCCCAGGAAAGAGAAGCCAUCUGGGAAGCUCUAUCCUGAGUCAGAGGAGGACAAGGAGGCACCCACUGGCAACAGGCACCAAGGGCGCCCCUGCCUGCCCGAGUGGGACCACAUCCUGUGCUGGCCCCUGGGUGCACCAGGUGAGGUGGUGGCCAUGCCCUGUCCUGACUACAUUUACGACUUCAAUCACAAAGGCCAUGCCUACCGACGCUGUGACCGCAACGGCACCUGGGAGCUGGUGCCUGGGCACAACCGGACGUGGGCCAACUACAGCGAGUGCCUCAAGUUCCUGACCAAUGAGACUCGUGAACGGGAGGUGUUUGACCGCCUGGGCAUGAUCUACACCGUUGGCUACUCCGUGUCGCUGGCCUCCCUCACUGUGGCUGUGCUCAUCCUGGCCUACUUUAGGCGACUGCACUGCACACGCAACUACAUCCACAUGCACCUGUUCCUGUCCUUCAUGCUGCGCGCCGUGAGCAUCUUCGUCAAGGACGCGGUGCUCUACUCUGGCGCCACCCUCGAUGAGGCCGAGCGCCUCACCGAGGAAGAGCUGCGCGCCAUCGCCCAGGCACCCCCGCCACCCGCCGCCGCCGCCGCCGGCUACGCGGGCUGCCGGGUGGCUGUGACCUUCUUCCUUUACUUCCUGGCCACCAACUACUACUGGAUUCUGGUGGAGGGGCUGUACCUGCACAGCCUCAUCUUCAUGGCCUUCUUCUCAGAGAAGAAGUACCUGUGGGGCUUCACGGUCUUCGGCUGGGGUCUGCCUGCCAUCUUCGUGGCUGUGUGGGUCAGUGUCAGGGCUACCCUGGCCAACACUGGGUGCUGGGACUUGAGCUCUGGGAACAAGAAGUGGAUCAUCCAGGUGCCUAUCCUGGCCUCCAUUGUGCUCAACUUCAUCCUCUUCAUCAACAUUGUCCGGGUGCUUGCCACCAAGCUGCGGGAGACCAACGCUGGCCGCUGUGACACUCGGCAGCAGUACCGGAAGCUGCUCAAAUCCACGCUGGUGCUCAUGCCGCUCUUUGGCGUCCAUUACAUCGUCUUCAUGGCCACGCCGUACACUGAGGUCUCAGGGACGCUCUGGCAAGUCCAGAUGCACUACGAGAUGCUCUUCAACUCCUUCCAGGGAUUUUUUGUCGCCAUCAUAUACUGUUUCUGCAAUGGUGAGGUUCAGGCUGAGGUCAAGAAAUCUUGGAGCCGCUGGACUCUGGCACUGGACUUCAAGCGCAAGGCACGCAGUGGGAGCAGCAGCUACAGCUACGGACCGAUGGUGUCUCACACAAGUGUGACCAAUGUAGGCUCCCGUGCAGGACUUGGCCUGCCCCUCAGUCCCCGCCUACUGCCUGCCACCACUACCAAUGGUCACCCCCAGCUGCCCGGCCAUGCCAAGCCAGGGGCCCCAGCCCUGGAGACCCUUGAGACCACACCACCUGCCAUGGCUACUCCCAAGGAUGGUGGAUUCCUCAAUGGCUCCUGCUCAGGCCUGGAUGAGGAGGCCUCUGUGCCCGAGCGGCCACCCGCCCUGCUGCAGGAAGAGUGGGAGACAGUCAUGUGA